AUGAGCGAGUGGAGCGAGGGCGCGGCGGUGUGGUUCCAACCGGCCGGCGCGCCCGCCCCGCUGCCGGGCUCGCUGGUUGAGGUACACCGCGCCGCCAGGGUGCUGCUCGUCAGCGCCAUCGUCAACGGACAGCCUCAAACCUUCGCUCUCCAAAUGGGUAAUGGGGAAGAGGAGGGGGAUCCCGUCUGGCCCCGCGAGGAGCUGGGACCAACUGGAGUGGAAGACAUGACUCGUCUGCACGAUCUUCACGAGGCUGCUCUGCUCUGGAACCUGAAGCUGCGUUACGAACAAGGACUCAUAUACACAUACGCGGGUUCUAUUCUUGUAGCUGUUAACCCGUACAGGCCGGUAGAUGCUUUGUAUGGACUGCAGACUGCGAGGAGAUACCACGCAGCGGAAGCGUUAGGGGAUUUACCACCUCACCUGUUUGCCAUAGCAGCCGCAGCGCGGGCAUCUUUGCCGCAGCCGCAAGCCAUACUCAUCUCCGGCGAGUCCGGGGCUGGAAAGACUGAGUCCACAAAACUAGCUGUACAGUUCCUCGCCGCUGUCGCUCCUGCACCCCCCGGCAGAGCGCCAGUCUCCGAACAAAUCCUAGAAGCGGCCCCGUUACUCGAAGCAUUCGGAAACGCCAGGACACCGAAAAAUCAUAACUCUAGUCGCUUCGGGAAAUUACUCGAACUUUACUUUAAAGACGGUGCCUUAGCUGGAGCGAGAGUAGCCCAUUAUUUAUUAGAGAAGUCUCGUAUCGUCACCCAAUCUCCAGGUGAAAGGAACUAUCAUGUAUUUUAUGAGAUACUAGCCGGGUUAGAUGAAGAACAAAGAAAAAGUAGGGGUUUAUUGACGGCAGAGCAUUAUUUUUAUCUAAAUCAAGGCGGUGACUCCGGGGGUGCCGGCGCUGGCGCUGAUUGGUCAGCCUUAUGUGGAGCUAUGCAAGUCUUGGGUAUCGGAGAUUCUGAAAGGGAAGACAUCAUCAGAGUUUUAGCUGCUGUCUUGCAUCUCGGAAAUGUUUACUUCCAUAGAAAGCAGUUACGCCAUGGACAGGAAGGUGUACAAUUAGGUGGAGGUGCCGAGGUGCGUUGGGCAGCGCAUCUGUUGAAGGUGCCUGCAGAAUCAUUAGCGAGAGCUUUAACGACCAGAGUGACGGCAGCUAGGGCUGAACGCAUGAGAUCACCACUACCCAUCGAUCAGGCCUUAGAUGCGAGAGAUGCUUUCGCUAAAGCUCUAUACUCAUCCCUAUUUAAUUGGUUAGUUCUCAGGAUAAACUCAAUAGUGCAUCGUGCAGGUCUACAUGAUGCUCAUCGCAUAUCUCUUCUCGAUAUCUUUGGCUUUGAAGAUUUAGAAGAGAAUUCAUUCGAACAACUCUGUAUAAAUUACGCUAACGAGACACUGCAGCAUUAUUUUAACAAACACAUAUUUAAAUUGGAGCAACAAGAGUAUCAGAAAGAACGUUUGGAAUGGUCGAAUUUAACGUGGAAUGAUAACUCUCCAGUAAUCCAGCUGCUUAGUAAAAAACCGGUGGGUAUACUACAUCUGCUCGACGAUGAAAGUAACUUUCCACGGGCGUCUGAUGCGUCAUUCCUAGAGAAGUGCCAUUAUAAUCAUGCUCUGAACGAGCUUUACUCUAGACCGAGACUAGGAGCUAAUGAAUUUGGGAUCAAACACUAUGCGGGCCAAGUAUGGUACAACGUAGAGGGUUUCCUGGACAAGAACCGUGACGCUCUGCGCGCUGACGUGCUGGAGCUGCUGUGCAGCAGCGAGGUGCCGCUGGUGGCGGAGAUGUCGGCGCAGCUGCGCGCGCACCACGACGCCAACAAAACUCUGCCUCGCGGCGCCAACGGACGCUUCGUCACCAUGAAGCCCAGGACUCCCACUGUGGCAGCUAGGUUAAUUUUUAUUCCUGCACGUAGAAUUAAUUGUAGAGUUCAAAAAGUUAUAGAUAGCCGUGAUAUACUUCCAACUGUCAAUCUUGUCCAGGUUCUCGGACAGCCUACAUCAGCUGUUAGAGUCGAUGUCCCGCUGCAACCCCUGGUUCGUCCGCUGUAUCAAGCCCAACACGGACAAGUCCCCGAUGCGUAUGGACAUGGCGUGCGUACUCGCGCAGCUGCGAUACACCGGCAUGUUGGACACCAUCAAGAUACGUCAGACAGGAUACCCGAUCAGGAUACCCUUCCAGAACUUCGUCGACAGAUACAGGUAUCUGCUCAAGUCCACUCCGACGCGGUCCACGCCCUACAGGGAGAUUUGCAAUUCAAUUCUCGCCGAGAUGCCACCCACUGGUGCAGUCGGUGCCGACUACCAACUGGGUGCGGCUCGCGUAUUCAUAAGGGAGGCAUUACACCGCGCCCUGGAGCGCGCACGAGCAGACAAACUACGCGCCGCGGCCACCAGGCUGCAAGCACAAGUCAGGGGAUACCUGGCGAGGAAGCGGUACAACCAGUUGCGGUGGUCGGCGGUGCGCGUGCAGGCGUGGUGGCGCGGCGUGCACGCCCGGCGGCGCUACUGCGCGGCGCGGCGGGGGGUGGUGCGCGCGCAGGCGCUGGUGCGCGGGCGCCGCGCGCGCGCCCGCCUGCGCGCGCUGCGGGAACAGCACCGCCGCCGUCUGGAGGCGCAGCGGCUGCAGGACGAACAAACGGGAGAAACUCAUACCCUAUAACUGUUAUGUACACCAGACGGCGUGCCGCAGAGCAGAAAGCCCAGAAGGCUCGUGCGGAGAGCCUGCAAGCGCUGGAGGUGCCCGCGGAACUCGCCUUCCUGUUCACCAAGCUGGACGCCUGGCAGCCGCCGCACACGGACCAACAUCUCACCAAGGUGUCUGGCGAGGUGCACGCGGAGGAGGAGAGCCUGCACGUGCCGCGUGACCUGCAGCAGUUCGCGUUCAGCAAGUUCAGCUCGGUAUACUUCGCAGACGGCGGACAGUUGAGCCCCAAGAAACAUCCCAUCACUAGGCCCUUCCUCUCCAAGGCAGCCGUCAGAGAUCAAGACUUCAAUGACGCUGUGGCUACAUUCAAAUUGAUACUGAGAUGGUGUGACGAAUCAGCUGCGGGGAACGAAGCGAGACAGAAGGUGUUGGCAGAUUACAUUGCGUCGCGAGGCCUGGCGUCUAGGGGACUGCGCGACGAAAUCUUGGUGCAGUUGUGCAAUCAAGCUAGUGGGAAUGAUUCUUCGGAGCGGGUAUGGCAGCUCAUGGCGCACUGCCUUUCAGUAUUCCAGCCAGGUCCGCCGUUGCAUAAAUAUUUGGUGCGGUUGAUAUCUGAGCGGGCGCCGCUGAGUGUGCGCGCGCUGCUGCUGCGGCUGGUGUGCGGCGGCGGCGCGGGAGCCGCGCGGGCGGCGGGCGUGCCGCGUCGCUGCCCGCCCACGCUGCUCGAGUGGCGCGCCAACAGGACCGAUGCCCGCACCGCGCUGCCGCUGCGGUUAUACGACGAUACCGUGCGCGUGGUGUCCGUGGAGCCGUGGACGUCGUGCGAGCACGCCGCGGCCGCCGCGCUCGCCGCCGCCGGCGUGCAGCGCCCGCACACCGGCUGGACCCUCACCAUGGAACACAACGGACUACUCACCGAGUGGGCGGGAUGCGAGUACGCCCUGGACACGGUGGGCGAGGUGGAGACGUGGUCGGCGCUGGGCAGCACCCGCGGGGAGCCGCUGCGCGCCGCCCCCCGCCACGCGCCCCCCGCGCCGCCCCCGCGCGCGCCCGCGCACGACCACGACCACGCCACCAGGCCACAGGUCCCUCCACCUGAACCGCCGAAGUCGCGCUCCCCUAGCAUUCAGCGGCUUCUCAGGGAGUCGAUCGACGAAGGUCUCUCAGAUUACAACUGGAAGAUGGAACGCGACGAUGCCCCCGCCGUCGCCGAACACGGUGAAUACUCGAGAAAAACGUCGCCCGAUAACGAAUUCACGAGAAAGACCUCAGAAGACGACUACUCUAGGAAGACUUCCCACGACAACGAUUAUUCUAGGAAAACCUCACACGACAACGAAUAUUCUAGAAAAACUUCACACGUCAACGAAUAUUCUAGAAAAACUUCACACGCCAACGAAUAUUCUAGGAAAACUUCCCACGACAACGAUUAUUCUAGAAAAACUUCACACGAAAACGAAUACUCGAGAAAGACGCAGCAGGAAAAUGAGUACUCUAGAAAAGUAUCCCAUGAUAUCCUAUCUCGGGAGUCGGCGUUGAACGAAAGAUAUUUUGAACAGAGCAACGACAAAGUUAGAAGUAGAUCACUGGACAACCUCCUCGGUGAUAAUCCGGUGCCCCAACCGGCGAAGCUGGCAGACUUGGGGUUGUCGCAGUCCCGUCUCAACGAUCGUUAUCACUCGGUGGAAAGAUUAGGCGGGGCGCCCAGCGUGACCAGCAGCAAAGGAGCGAUGGACAUCGAAUACGGGACGACGUCCCGAGUAUUGCACUCGAGGUAUAUAAAGUCGCAGUACGCGGGCAAGAGAGCGCCUGCCGGCUCACAAUCUAGUCGUGCUUACAUCGAGAAGAGUUCUGAGUUUGGAGGCGUACGGUCUUCGGCCAUGUCCGACACGUCGGAAGCGCCGAGUCUGGCGUCCCACGUCCGACGCGUGCGCGUGCCUUCGCAGGCCUCCGACGUGGAUCAGUUCCUCGACGAUCUGUUCUCGCCGGUCCUCGACCCCAACAUCGACGAGCUGUCCGACGCGAGGUCGCUCGCGGCGAGUAUCAAAGGCGGCGGCUACUCCGAGUUCAUCGACCGAAUUCUAUCAUGCGAGUUUGACGACCGGCUCGACAACCUGAACGGCUCGGGGCACCUCGAAAGCUCGAUCAAAGGGGGAGGCGAAAAGGACGAGAGCGGGAAGCGCACGAGCGUCGCCUCCGUCGACGAUUACAUCACGAACCUCUUCGACCCUAUUUUCAUGAACGACAGCCUGAAGCGGCUCACCGACGGCGAGGGGCUCUCGGAGGCGAUAAAGGGCGGCGGCGCGACGCCCCGGACCGCGGCCGCCACCACUUCCGCCCUCAGCUUCGGCGCCAUGUCCCUCCCCCCCGCCAUGCCCGCCACCCCCGAGGCGCUAGCCGCCGCGAUGGGCCUCCACUUCCCGCCUGCUGGCUCCGUCGACAUGAACGCAUACCACCAGAACCUCCAGCGGGCUUUCCUGCAGAGCGCGAUGGCUCAGAACCUGCAGAUCCAGCAGCAGCUGCUCGCCCAGAACCAGGCGCUGCAGACGCUGCUCGCCGGGCAGGCGGCCGACCCGCCGGACUCGGAGCCCACCUCGCCCGUGUGCGCCUCCACCGUGGUCCACGCGCAGGUGCACUCGCCCCCGCGCGCCUCCUCCAAGACCCGGCGGGAGGCAGACGACGGUCCAGGCGCGCCCCCGCCUCCGCCCCCGCCGAUGCCGCCGCCGUUGCACGCGAUGGACCCUUCCGAGGCGCGCCCUUUCAUGGACCCGUACGGCCGCGCGAAGACCGUGCGAAUCGGCAAGUGGCGGUGGCCGCCGCCGAAGGACGCGAUCGGCGCCGACCCCGAGCGGGACUUCGCCAAGUUCAAGAUGCGCCAGAUCCAGAGGCGGCCGACGCCGCAGGCGCAGCCCGACGGUGGCGAGCGAGACCCGCCGCGGGGCCGCUCCCGGUCGGAGGCGACGCCGACCAUCGAGUGGGAGGAGUUCGAAGUGGACGGGCCGGUCUCGCCCGCCCGGGAACCGCCUAGCCAGAGAACGGCGCGCCGGAGCUUCGAGAUCGGCGCGCAGCGGCCGUCGCCCGGCAGCGUCGGCAAGCUGAAGCUCAGCUCCGAGAUGAGGCAGCGGCUCGAGAGGGUCACCGCGAACCACUCGGUGCGGAGCUCCUCGUCGGCGGCGGACACGCCGCGCACGGUCAACAAGCUCGAGGACACGCGGCGGCUGAUGCUCGAGCGGCAGCUCGGCGGCGGCCCGAGGUGGGACGCGCCCCCGCCGCCGCUGCCCCCCGCCCCGCCCGGCCCGGCCCCGCCCCCGCCCGGGGCCCCGCCCACCCCGCCGGCCGAGCCUGCGCCGCCACCGCCGGUGCCGGGGUCGGGGGACGCGUCGUCGUCGUUCGCUCAGCUCCGCCGGGACAGGGAUACGUUCGGCGUCCACCAGAACAGGGACGCGGACGACCGGCACGCUUUUCUCGCGAACUGGAGUUCGAGGCGAAGGGAGGAUGCGUCGCCCGCGCGCGACGACCUAGCGUCGCGCUUCCUGACGGCCGACAGGCGCGAGCGCCGCGGCCGCGACGAAUGGGGCGACGAGUCGGACAUGAGGAGUGAGGACGAGGACCGCGAGAGGCGGCGCGCCCGGGACGAGUGGGACUCGGAGUCGGGGCUCGACGGGCCGAUCCGCGGGGAUCGGGAUGAUUUCUCCGGCCGGGGCGCGUCCGAGAUUUACGAGAUCCAUCCGGCGCGCGCCGAGCGGCGGAAGGAGGAGAACGGGCCCGAGGAAUCUUUCGAGCGGAAGAGGUCGCCGUUCUACGACGACUUCGAGCGUUUCGACGGGCGGAAGAAUUCGCGAGACAUGCUGGUGGGGCGAGCGCGCGACCCGCCCCGGGCGGAUGUCGCGUUCCCGUCGGAGAACGGCGAUGCGACGAAGAAGAUCGAGCGCGCGACGUUCAAGACGCACAUGGUGCAGAAGGAGCGGACGAGGAAGAUGGAGGCCGAGCGGAGAUACUCGGUGUCGACCCACGUUACCGACAAAACUGAACAUUUGGACGGCGACGUGCCGGCGCCGGCCGCGUUGCUUCCGUCGGAGCGCACGUUCAUGACGUACAGCCGCGUGCCGUGGAAGCUGCGCGUGCGCAAGGAGCUGUUCACACCGCUCGAGACGUAUAACGAUCCCGCCAUACUGGACUUGCUCUAUGCACAGAUAGUGCACGACAUAAACUCGACGCUGCCGUCGCUGCGCAUCUCGGCGGCGGAGCGGCGCGCGGGCGGGGCGUGGCUGCGCGCGCAGGCGGCGCCGGCGCGCGCGCACGUGAAGCGGCAGGCGGUGGAGAUGGCGCGCGCGUGGCCCUUCUACUUCGCGAGGCUCUUCACCGCCAGGCUCACGCCCGGGGAGGCCGCCGUGCUCGCCGUCUCGCACGCCGCCGUCACUAUAGGAGUCAAAGCUAAAGCACGUUCUACCCCACUAAGGUCCCAGUGGGCUGCAAGUCCGGCGCACGGUCCCGCUGGCGGGGCUGCGCGCGGGCGCGCCGGCGCCGCACUCGCUGCAGCUGACGCCCGCGCGCGACGCGCCGCUCGCGCUGCACGUGCCGCUCGCGCACCACGCGCACGCGCUCAUCGCCGAGUUCGCGCUGCAGCACGCACAGGUCAGUGCCCUUACUGCCCUUUACAGAUUGUGACGGAAGAGAGUACUCUGUACUCUCUGUGGAGUGCCGAGGCUAAUAUAGACAGCUGGUGA